GGCAGAGAGCAGAGAAUCUGUGUGUGUAUCUGUGCGUGUGUUGAGUUUACGCGAUCAAGGAAGUGGUCUACAAGAAGAACAAUGAAACCUCACGUGCAGGAUCCUGUAGCUUUUUGUUUGUUUGAAUAAUGGUGUUGAAAAGGCAACGAGCUUUCUUCGUGAUGCGUUGAUAAAAGGGCAAGUUUGUUUGGUCCUUUGGGAAUGUAAUGUAGUAGUGUUUCUUCUUCCUCUCUCUUGGGCCACUACUAAAUACUAAUAAUUAACCUCCAUCACUCGCGCGAGUAAUGGCACUAGAGGCUGUGGUUUUCCCACAGGAUCCAUUUGGAUAUGGUUGUAAGGACUAUUUGUACUCCUUGGUUGGAGCAACAGCCAACUACGCUUUCCAAGCGCCAGAACAAGAGAAAGUGGUGUUAGGAAUCAUCAACAACAACAACAACAACAACAACAUACAGCAUCAUGCAAACUGGGAUUCUCAUUCUCACUCCUCCCCUGAACCACCUUCUUCCUCCAGCGCCGCCGCCACCAGCACGAGCCGCCGCAAACGACGUCGCACCAAGAGCGCCAAAAACAAGGAGGAAAUCGAGAACCAGAGGAUGACCCACAUUGCAGUGGAACGCAACCGCCGAAAACAGAUGAAUGAGUACUUGGCCGUGCUUCGCUCCUUGAUGCCUUCUUCUUAUGUUCAAAGGGGUGAUCAGGCGUCUAUAAUUGGAGGUGCGAUUAACUUUGUGAAGGAGUUGGAGCAGCUUUUGCAGUCGAUGGAGGGUCAGAAGAGAAGGAAGGAGGGGCAAGUGCAGGAGGAUGUUGGGCCAAAUGGGUCACCCUUUGCUGAGUUUUUCACGUUUCCUCAAUACACGACGCGUGGCACGCAGCUAGCAGAUAUUGAAGUCACCAUGGUCGAUAGCCAUGCCAACAUCAAAAUCCUCUCAAAGAAACAACACGCUCACCUUAUGAAGCUCGUUCUUGGUCUUCAGACUCUCAGCCUCAGUAUUCUCCACCUUAAUGUUACCACUCUCCACGAUACGGUCCUUUACUCAAUUAGCGUCAAGGUAGAGGAGGGGUGUCAGCUGAACACGGUGGAUGAAAUUGCGGGUGCAGUGAAUCAACUAUUACGCACAAUCCAACAACUGAAUUAAACUUGAAAUUAGUUUUGUUUUCAUUUGGAAGAGUUUCCUUUCUAUAUGUCCUUCUCUUGGUUGAGUAUUUUGGGAUAUCUGUGAUUGUGUCCAUUGCAAUUAACAAUGUUGCUCUUUAUUAAUUA